UUCAAAUUAACAUGAGGUAUUUUCGUAAUCGUCGAGCGAUGCGUAUAUCAGGCUAGUAGGCGUGAUUUCGAUGCGAACUACUGUUACUAUAGUCAAUUAAAGUUAAUAGGUGGUACGGUGCUUGCUAGUUGAGUCUUGUGAAAAAGGACAGAUAGACAGAAGGCACAUUGUUCUGUAAAAUGAUAGCGAACUACGCGACACGGUUAAAAUUCACAUGAAUGGAAGGCGUUACUGUCAUGUAGUGCGUACAUACAAUGACGUAUAGACGUCAAGUGCACACCAAGUACUUAUUUUUUUUCGCUGUUAUCAUGGGUUCCAGAUUGAGGGACAAUGUGCAACAUCUUUUUGAAUGUUUCUGUGAGGUAGCUGCACCGUUAGGGGAAAAACCACCUUGGAUACUCCAAAAGUACCCUAGCCCCUUCUCAGAUGAGGAAAUACUUAAAUCGGUCCCUAAAUUUGCAUACCCUUGUGAAAUAGAAAACUUACUAGUGCAGCACUUUUCGUUUGUACUCACUAGUAUAGACUCAAAAUGGACAUUUGGUUUCUGUCGGCAUGAUCCUAAGACAGACACAGGUCUAGUAAUUCUAAGUGCAUUACCAUGGCAUGAAAUAUUUUACAAGCUUUUAAACAAGAUUGCAACAUUACUUCAAAGCACUGGCACUGCAGAAGAUCUUUGGAAAUUUCUCGAAACUGUAUACAACAGUACAGUUCCAAUUCCUGGUAGUUCCAUAUCCAUUCCUGUACCAAACUCUAAAGUGAAUUUUGUUUAUCAAAGUCCAAAGCAAUUUCAACUACCAAGUAUACCAGAAAAUAGAAAUCUGACUGAAUAUUACAGUGCCGUUGAUGCUCAGAAUAUGAUGAUAGUAUUUGCCUCCAUGUUAUAUGAACGACGAAUUAUUUUCACUUCGAAACGGCUUUCGAGAUUGAGCGCUUGUGUUCAGGCAUGCAACGCUUUGAUUUAUCCAAUGAUUUGGCAACAUAUAUAUAUUCCAGUGUUACCGUUAUCGUUAAUUGACUAUUUAUUAGCGCCAAUGCCGUUUUUAAUCGGAGUACCAAUCCCAACGCUUCAGAGAGUGCGGAAGAGUGAUUUGGGUGAAGUAGUCAUUUUGGAUGCAGACAAUAAUACCAUAGAAACUCCGUUCCAAGAUUUGGAAUCUUUACCUCAGGACGUAGUAACCAAUUUGAAGAAGGCAUUACGCAAUAGAGCUGCAUUACUCGGAGAUGGGGUAUCCAGGGCAUUUUUACGAGCAUUGGUACAGCUAACUGCUGGAUACAGGGAUGCAUUAACUUUAGAGCAAGGACAGAGUAUUACCUUUAAUCAGAAUGCGUUUGUGGAAAGCAGACCAUCUUCCAUGCAACCUUUUUUACGAAAAAUGCUGGAGUUACAGAUAUUUCAGCAGUUUAUAGAGGAAAGACUGAACAUGCUUAAUUCCGGACUGGGCUUUUCGGAUGAAUUCGAAAUGGAAGCUUGCAGCUAUUCCGCGAAAUCUAGUAGUAAAUUUAUGCAACAAUAUCGAGAAUGGACAUACGCCAUGCGAAAAGAAAGUUCUGCGUUUUUCCGCAGUGUGAAGGACAAGGCCAAUCCAGCCGUAAAAUAUGCAGUUAAAUCAGUUAAAGACAAAGGAAAGGAUAUGAAAACAGCGUACAAAGGACUAAAAUGGAAAGGACGAUCGAACAGAACUGAAACAAGUAUGAGAUUCCACCAACCAAGAUCUGCACCCAGUUCACCCACAUCGGAUAGAAGGCCGAUUGAUUUCACAUCACCACCGAAAUCUCCAAAUGGCUUUACCGCAACCACCAGUUACAGGAAAGAUCUUCGUAGGAAACAAUAUUCGCCAUUGAGUCCCAGUUCUCCAGAGGAACCUGAUUCUCCGCCGGAACGGGUCAACAUCGAUCUUAUGCAAGAACUUCGCCAUGUGAUAUUUCCAAAUACACCUCCUGUUGAUCGAACAUUGAAGCCAGUGCGCAGCUUAGACAGCUUGAGACCUGCAUGGAGUGGGCACAUACGGCACGGCCCCCCGCCUAGUACAGUUGUCGCGAAUCCAAUCAAUGCCUCCCCAACACAAACUCUCUCCUGUCACGCUCCAAAUUUUACCUUAAUAAGUUCGGUCGAUCACUCGAAUAUAUCGUUAAAUACCAACGAUGUGUUAACCAAUAAUACUCAGAUCGGUGUAAGUAAAUCAUCAUUGCCAUUGAAUUCAUCGGCCGUGAAAUCGGAUAAAACGGGCGAGAAUAAGACCGACAAAAUGUUACCUGUGACUGUUUUGCAAAAACCCGUCGGCAACGUGUUGUCCAAUAAUCAUUUACACGACUCUAUGAAGCAUAAUUCUAAUACAUAUUCGCAACCGCAGAAGACUGACGCGAACCAAUAUCGGAAUGACGUCGAAAGUUUCCCAAAUAAUGUUAAAUAUUACGCAGAUGACGUUCUCAUCAGUUACGAUCCAGACACGGAAAAUAAACCCUUCGAUACGUGUUUAAGAACCUUAAACUCCGAUUCCUAUCCGAAUGACAGUGACCCUUUCGAUACAAGUAAAGUGUUCACACCCUCCUACUUGCAACCAUCAAUUUUUCAAGCCGCAAACGCAUCAUUGUCUGUUAAUUCGAACGUUCCAUCCCAUGUAUUCAAUAGUACAUCCUGUUCUGCACAUCCAAAGGAUUCUCCCGAAGUGCCAGAUUUGAUUAGAUUAGAUUCAACGACGAGCAGUGAUGAUUUCGACCCGCUGCUCUCCAAGUCCAUGGAACUGAUGGGUUCGAAACCGAUGACGCAGUCGUUACAUGCACCGGAAAUGGGCGAAGGUCUGAGUAAUCCAUUGUACCCGUACUUUCAACCGUUACACACGAGUAGAGAUAAACAGCCGAAAUCGUCCGACAACAUUGGUGAUUUGGAUCUGUUGCAAGCCUACGGGCUGGACUUUAACAAGUUUAGUAUAAGUAACGGCGAUUCAUCGACGAAUAGUACCGCGGCAUGCAACACAUCCGAGAGCAGUAUUAGCAAUACCGAUAACACGUUCAGUUUAACCUUGAACGCGCCCACUAUUAAGUCGCAGAACAAUUGGACGAAAUUCGAGUAAGCGUUAGCGAAUCAAAUUAAAACACGUUCACAUAUCACAAUUGUAAAUACAUAAUAAUUAGUAUUCCUUUCUUUCUUCCGUUUUUUUUUUCUUUCUCUCUUUUCUGUUGAUAUCAUUGUAAACAUAAGCAUCGUCGAACGCCUGUAGUAAAUUAGUUGUAAUAUAAAAGUUAACGAGCAGGAAACAGUAACGUUUUAAAUAACCAGCAAAACCGUAUAUAACAGUUUUGCAUUGUAGCACAAUUUGUAACAGUAUGUCCUCGUACGUUUAUUAUUGUUUUUUUUUUCCUUUUUUCAUGAAAGAAAAAACAACUGACCCGACACGUUUGAACGUCCAUUCGGUCCGCGCAAUUUGG